AUGAGGUUCCACAGCGAUUUGAAAAACAUUCGCACCUUUGCCAAGCUCACAGCCGCAUUUUCCACCCUGGAGAAGCUGGUAUGGCUACGCCUCAGCGAUGAAACAGCACACUUCACAGUCGUUCCGGACACAGGCUCGCAAAUCUGGUCAACCCUGCCAAUGGACUUCCUCUUCGAAAACUGCACCAUCCAGUCCGCCGAGCCUUCCAACACCAUCAACCUAGAACUUUCCCUCCAGCCCCUCCACCGCGCCCUCAAAUCCGCCCAGGGCAGCAUCUCAGCUUCCCUACGCCUCACCAAGAAGAAAGGCGUGCCCGUCCUCUCCAUGACAAUCACCACCAGCACCAAAUCCUCCUCCAAGUUCGGAAACGCCCCGCCUGCCGCUGCUCCCCUAAAGCCCCCUUCUUCCUAUGAUGAUCCCUUUGGCGACGUCGACGAAGACUUCCAGGCCGCCGGCGCUGAGCACACCCACCUCGAGACUUCCCUGCGCAGAGAGCACGAGAAGAUCAUCACCCAGGACAUCCCCAUCCGCGUGCUGCACCCAGACACCGUCGCCUCCACCGUCCAGCCCUCGCUGCAGGAACCAGACGUCCACAUCCAGCUUCCGCCCCUCCUCCAGCUGAAAUCCAUCUCGGACCGCUUCACCAAGCUCGCCCUCGCCUCUGGCGGCUCCAGCAGCAAGUCCCCUCGGCUCGAGAUCAGCGCCAACAUGCACGGCGGUUUGCGCGUGCGCAUCGCCACGGAGACGGCCGACAUCUCCAGCGCCUGGACCGACCUCGACAAUCCGCAGCUGGAUCCCGCCCAGCUCAGGGUCCCUAUUGAGGAGCACCCUAGUACCAAGUUCCGCGAUCGUGGACCCGACUCUUGGGCUUCGAUUUAUGUCGAUGGGAAAGACUGGAGCAGAGUCCUUAGCGCCGGUAGGCUAGAGGGAAGAGUCAUAGCAUGUUUCUGCCAUAACCAGUCUCUAGUGUUGUAUGUAUACAUACCGCAUUAUGACGACGGAGCUGCAGAUGAUGCGGUCCUCACUUAUCAUGUUCAAGCAUAUAGUGCAUAG